AUGAAGGCUGAGAAGGGUACUCCAAAGGCCACCCAGCACAUGACCCAGCAGGUCACGGACAGUACAGACAACAGUCAGGUCAGGAGCAGCAGGGCUGAGCACCUCCUGAUGCAGGUGGGCUUUUGUGUGGGAUUGGGCACCAUCUGGAGGUUCCCUUCUUUGUGCUACGAGAAUGGAGGAGGUACCUUCCUUCUAACCUAUGUGGUGCUGCUUUUCAUCCUGGGCAUCCCCUUGGUGUUCAUGGAGAUGGCUUUGGGACAGAACCUACGCUUUGAUAUCUGGAGGCAGAUCCACCCCAGGAUGUGGGGUGUGAGCCUGGCCUGCAGCCUGGUAUGCUUCAUGGUGAUUAUCUAUUAUAACGUGGUCAUUGCUUGGAGCAUCUUCUACCUCAGCAACUCCUUCCAGUACCCACUACCUUGGAGCUAUUGCCCAGUGUGGACAAACGCUAGCAGCCCUGAUCCUGAGUGUACCCGCAGCACCCCGUCCAUUUAUUUCUGGUACUGUAAGACCCUGGAGAUCACAAGUAGCAUCGAGGACAGUGGAGGCAUGGUCCCGAGCCUCACCAUCUGCAAUUUGGUCGUUUGGUUCUUCAUCAUACUCAUCUCGAUGCAGGGCACCUCGGCCAAAGGGAAGAUUGUCUACUUCUCCGUCAUAUUCCCCUACGUCGUCCUGUCCUGCUUCCUCUUCCGAAGCUACCUUCUGGAAGGUGCCAUCUAUGGGCUACGUCACUUGGUGUCUACCCAGGGCAGGUCGGGGACUCGGACUUCUCUGGCUCUUGCCUCCUCCCUCCCCUUGCAGAUGUCAGCCAUUACCUCUCCAAUUCUGUGGCAACAGGCCGGAUCCCAGGUGUUCUACAACAUGGGGCUGGGCUUUGGUGGCAUCUUGGUCUUGUCCUCCUAUGCAAACAAGAGUAGCAACUCUGCCCAGGAUGCCUUCAUCUUGGCCUUCGCCAACCUGGCUUCCUGCCUCCUGGCUACCCUGGUGGUGUUCAGUGUGCUGGGUUUCCGGGCCUCCGUCUCUACCCGUGAAUGCAGCAAUCGGAGCUCUUCGAAGCUGUGGCAACUGAUCAAAGUCGGGGAGCUGCCCCUAGAAGCCAGCCCCCCCACAAACCUGUUGAAGAAGCCGGUCAGAGCAUACACCAUGUGGCUCUAUCAUCUUGACAGUGAUCUAAAGAAGAAGGUUCUGCAGCACGUGCCCGAUUGUAACUUGGAGCAGGAGAUCAACCGUAACAUACAAGGGCCUGGGCUAGUCUUCGUGGCGUUCACUGAGGCAAUAACCAAGUUCCCAGGUUCCCCCUUCUGGUCUGUCAUCUUCUUCCUGAUGCUCAUCAACCUGGGGCUGAGCACUUCCCUGGGACUGAUGCAGGGUAUCCUGACACAGCUUCAGGAUGCCUUCCCCUGCCUCCGCAAUUCCCGCUCGACCAUCACGGUGACCAUCGGCUGCCUGGGCUUCCUGUUUGGUCUCCUCUUCACCCAGCGCUCUGGCUUCUACUUCCUGAACUUAUUUGAUGACUUUGCUGCUGUCCUGCCUCUAUUUGUUGUGAUCCUCUGUGAGAACUUUGCUGUGGCCUGGAUUUAUGGGGUUAAGAGGUUCAUUAGGGAGUCGUGGGACAGCCUGGGGUUCUAUGUGUCUGUCAUGCAAGAAGGCCUGCUUCAGUACUUCACGGUGCUGUGGGUAGUGAUUCUUCUUGGAAGCAGCCUGGUGGACAUGCUGUGGAAAUACCCCACCUAUACUGCCUGGGAUAGGAGCACGUCCACAGAGUCAUUCGUUCCCUGCCCGAAGUGGGCUGUGAUCUUUAUUGUUCUUGUCAUUGCUGUAAUCAUUCUGCCCAUCCCUGUGGGCAUGUUGAUGUGUACAAAGAAGCCGGUCAUAUUGCCGCUGCCUCAGAAUUCCCUACUCCAACUUCCCGUGACUUCGUCCCCAGCCUCAUCGCCAACCCCAGCGCAGAAGCCGGCCUCAUCGCCAACCCCAGCGCAGAAGUCGGUCUCAUCGCCAACCCCAGCGCAGAAGCCGGCCUCAUCGCCAACCCCAGCGCAGAAGUCGGUCUCAUCGCCAGCCUCACCGAAGAAGCAGGCAUUGACCGCCUCUUCCUGGAAGAGAUCAGCGUUUCCUAAGGCCCAGGCUGCAGUGCCUGAAGUUCAAUAA